AUAAUACGUAUAUUUCCUUGGAUUAUUUUGGACUACUAGUAUAUCCUACGCAUCGAAGCAUAUUUGGUUUCUAAAACACUAAUGAAAAAUAUUAUUUGUUCACGUUUCAAAUUUCGUUUAAGGUGCAGCUGUUCUAGAUUGAUAAGGAAGGAUGUCAAAUAAAGAAACCAACCAUGCAAUCUUUUAUGAUUGCGAAAGCAUUCGCAGAAACUCAGUAGAAGCGCUAAACUGUGACAAAGAUGACAGAGUACACGUCUCUCGAUGUCGCAGAUACAAUGAUGGUGAACAGAUGAAGGGUUUCCUUUUAAAAAGAGGCGGAGCUGAUCUGAAGUAUGGAUGGAAGAAGCGGUGGUUUACUUUUGAUGGAACAUGCCUCAAGUACUUCGAGUCGGACAAGUGUCCAGUGUCGCUGCGAAUAAUUCCGGUCAGCAUUAUGAAACAAGUGAAAAGAUUGGCCGAGAAUAGUAGGAAAAGCUCGGUGACAGAUCGGUUGCUGGGUAAUGGAGCCAAAUUCCAGUUUGAGCUAGUUUGUGUCGACAGAACCUACAUGAUUGGUUCUGAUACAGAAGAAACAAGUAUUGCAUGGGAACAAACGCUAGAGAACGCCAUUCAAAACUACAAAGAGAGUCAACCAUCUGCCGAGUUCGUUGUUGGUGGAGACAUGCAGCGCCCGGACCUUGCGGGUUUCAUCCGCUUUGACAACAAUUCUUUACCAUAUUAUGUAGCACUCAAAAACGAAGUGCUCAAGUAUUACCGGAAUGAAGAGGACUACAAUUUCUGUUCAGCUAUCCACGAGAUAGAGAUGGGGAUGACCUCAGUGAAAGAGAUUGACAGGGUUACCAUCUCUUUAAAUGUGGCAAAUAAUCAGAGCUUUACGCUACGCUUUGAUACCGUCCAGGACGCCGCAAACUGGGUAACGGCGAUGACUUCGGCCCUUGGGAAGGCGCUGGGAAAUACAAAGUUUGUAGACGAAGUGCGUCAGUCUGAAGCUAACAGAAAAUGCGUCGAUUGCAACUCAACUGAAACACUCUGGGCCUCAAUCAAUCUGGGAAUUGUUAUGUGUACGAACUGUGCAGGAUGCCAUCGGUCCCUGGGGACAAGCAUCUCCAAAAUCCGCUCCCUUUGUCUUGAUAACAUAUUCGAACAGAAUCCGAAAGUUUUGCAGCUGCUAGAUGAAAUAGGAAACGAGCGCGCCAACACUUUCUGGUACAAAAAUCCACCAGACGACAGGCAGAUUACAAGAGAAACACCUUUUAUGAUCAGACGUCGACAUAUUCAUGAAAAAUAUGCACAGAAGAAGUUUGUUGACAGGUCCAACCGAGAUCUUCAGGAGAAAAUCGACUGUGAUUUUAUAUUGGCCAUCACAUCAGGAGAUAUUCUGAACGUUAUGAAACUUUUCUUCUGGGGAGCAAAUAUAUAUGGGUUUUGUCCUCAGUCAUCCCAAACAGCCAUGGAGCUGGCUGGGGAAUAUCCAUUUAUAAAGGAGUUCCUGCUGCAAAACGAGCAUACGAAUAUUGACGCUGUGUCACCGCCCAAGACUGAGGAACAGGAGAAACGUGUUUCGUCUGUGUAUUGCGAGGGAUAUCUGGACAAGACGGGUCCAAAUCUAAAGAGAUUUAUGAAGAGAAGAUGCAUUCUCAACCACGGCACACUGACAUACUAUAAUGAGAACAGUAAAUCCACAGAACGUGGUGAUAUUCGCUUGUCUGAUGUUGUUUGCAUAGCAAAUGCAAAUUGUAAGAGACCUUACGCCUUCGAUGUUAGCAACAAACCGAAACAGAGAAUUUAUCGGUUUGCGGCUGAGGACGAAGACAACUUUUUGAAAUGGAAACUUUCUUUUGCAAAGGCAAUGAGUCCAGUCGAUAUGGAUGAAGACGAUGAGUUUGCAUUGUUCGGUAUCUUCUACACAAAAACGCAUCUGAGCCAGUGGACAAGGUCACUCUUGGUAUUCAGCGAACAUCAUGCGGCACUACGUAUAACAAAUUUGAGAGAUGAUUGUGAAACAACCAUUCGCAUUGAAAAGGGGAUACAACUUUUUCAAAAGAAUCUAAAGAAACAUAAAGUCCUACGGGAUGACGAAACCAUUUACUCGGCCACACUCAACCAGAACUGCUACAUCGAGAUUAUUCCUCCUGACAUGACACAUGUAACUAGUAUCCAAGGCCAGCUAUUAGAUGACACAACCAGGCUGUUUCAACUCUUGGAAGACAGCUUGACAUCAAGCAGCAAAUAAAUGGCAACAUAUAUGGCUGUAUUUCAAAGAGUGUACAGUUACUACAGAAGCUGCAAAUCUUUUAUUAAAAGAAAACUAAUUCGGCUAAAUCUAAUAAUAAUUUACGAAAUGAAUAGUGCAAUAUGUAAGUGUCCUGUAUGUUGUUGCAGGGGUUUAUUUUUAUUUUUUGCUUUUGUCUUUUUAUCAUUAAGACGUCCAUCAAGAUUACAGUGUCCUUAAGUGCUAAAUGUGACCAGUUUCCAGUAGGCGGCAUCUUUGUCUUAUUGACGUUUUGGUUGUGACAACUUUUAUUAACUGUUGGGUUUGCUAUUUUACAAUAUCUAUGUUUAAGCUACAUACCAUUGGUGCUUAUCUGUUAUUUUUGUUGAAUUUGUACUGAUUCCGAAAAGCCUCAUUUUAAAAAGUAUUUUUAAAUUUAAUGCAAAACUUUUCUUAAUGUAAUUUGCGUUAAAACGUUGAUAUUACUAGGCAGAUUGCCUCUUGGUUUCGUUGUAUAUGACAUUCAUUUGUCAUUCGCUGGAUGUUUCUAUAUGUUUGGGAAACAGUUUUGAAAACAAUCGCUUGGUAUCUGUCUUUGUUACUAUGUUCAUAUUGAGAGGCUGCAAGUUUUUCCAUUUUGCUUUGUAUGCAUAUAUAUACAUAAUUUUACGGGAUAUAUUUGAUAAAUUCAAGAUAUGCAAUAUUUAUUCUGAUUAAAUUACCAACGUCAAAGCAUAAGUAUCGAUUGACAUUAAAAUGUAUGUUGAUCCUA